CAGCGCCCCGGUACCCGCAGGGUCUCACGGGGAGCCGUGUGCUGGCGCGGCAGGAGGGGCAGCCCGGCCCCGGUGCCCUGCGCGGGGGCUGUCAACUGAAACCGCCGCAGCCGGUGCCCUCCGCGGCCGAUUGGGUUACGGUGCCCGGGUAGAGUUUGCCAUAGAAACCGGGCCGGGCGCUGCCGCCGGGAAACAGCCCAGAGCCGCGGCCGGAACUGCUGUGAUGGUCUCGCCCGCGCCGGGGGUCCCGCUGGCUGGAUCCCGGGCACCGCAGUCGCAGCCAUGCCAGCGACCAACCAGGGCUGGCCCGAGGCCUUCGGGUUCAAGAUAACGGGGACUGGUCCAUGCUACAUCCUCUGGGUGCAGGAAGGCAGCAGCGCAGCGGCAGCAGGGCUGCGGCCGGGGGAUGAGGUGCUGGAGAUCGAGGGGCAGCCCGUGUCCUCCCUGGGCUGCGCGGCGCUGCUGGCGCUGGCCCGGCGCUGCCCCAACGUGCCCCCCAGCAUCGGGGUGGUGUCGCGCCUGCAGCACCUCCACAUCCCCCCCGCUCCACGGGGAUGCUUCGGCUUCGAGCUGGCGAGCGGCAGCCCCCCAAGAGUGGCCGGGGUCAGCCCGGACUCUCCCGCUGCUGCCUGUGGGAUGGAGCCGGGGGAUCUCGUGCUGGAAGUCAAUGGGAUGCCGGUGAUGCUACCCGAGGCUGUGGCUGCCCUGGUGGGGUCCUGCCACGGGCGGUCCCUGCAGCUGGGGCUGCUGCGGCCGCAGCGUGGGGCUGGGACACGGGACCCCAUCCCCAGCGCUGAUGCCGUGCACCAGGAGAGGAGGCAGAAAGCGCAGGAGUUCAGCAGGAAGGUGGAUGACAUCCUCGGUGACCAGCCGGAGGUGAAGGAGAAGGUGUUCACUGUCCUGAAGCAAUACGCAGCGGAGCGGAAGGUGGAAUACUUGGCCUAUGCCCUCUGCAUGGUCCUCACCCAGGAGUCCCACCAGCAUCUCAUUGACAGCAUCAGGAUCUUCAUCCCCAAGAAGCACCGGCAGCGGUUCGACGAGGUGGUGUCGCAGAGCCUCAUCAGCAAGCUCUGCCGCUCCAAGAGCCAGCAGCACAGCCACCGCCUGCGGCGCAGCCGGAGCGAGGACCACCAGGAGCGGCUCCUCGUCUCCACCCGCGCCAGCUCCGUGCCCCGCAGCCACGAGGAGCUCAGCAAGAGCCUGCGCAAAUCCACCUCGCUCCUCACCAGCAAUGUGGCCUCGGGGGCUGCCCGCAGAACUGUGCGGGUCUAUAAAGGCAACAGAAGCUUCGGCUUCACGCUGCGUGGCCAUGCCCCGGUGUGGAUCGAGUCUGUGCUGCCAGGGAGCCCAGCGGAGAAGGCUGCCCUCAAAGCUGGAGAUCGGAUCCUAUUCCUCAAUGGCCUGGACAUGAGGAACUGCUCCCAUGACAAGGUGGUGUCGAUGCUGCAGGGCAGCGGGGCGAUGCCCACCUUGGUGGUGGAAGAGGGGAUCGUCAACUUCUCCAAUGACUCGGACGCUGCCGACUCCCCGAGCAGCUCCUCCGCGCUCACCUCCCUGCAGUGGGUGGCAGAGAUCCUCCCCUCUAGCAUCAAGAUCCAAGGACGGACCUUCACGCAGCAGCUGGAGCAUCUGCUGACCCCCCCUGAGCGCUAUUCGGUCUGCAAGGCGCUGGAAGGCUUCUUCCAACAUCGGAACAUUGACACUCUCAUUGUGGAUGUGUACCCGGUGCUGGACACACCGGCCAAGCAAGUCAUCUGGCAGUUUAUCUACCAGCUGCUGACCUAUGAGGAGCAGGAGCACUGCCAGCAAAAGAUUGCCAGGUUUCUGGGUUACAAGUCCUUGGAAGCGGAGCCGGAGGCGGAGGAGCGGUACCGCAGCUCCGUGCGAGGAGCCUCUGUGUGCAGGGGAAGCCUUCGGACCCCCCGCCCCGAGGAUGGGGCCGCAGGCCAGAGCGACACCGUGGAGGUCCCGGUUCGGCUGAUCCCUGGGGAGAGACAGGCUGGAGACGGCACAUCCCUGCCGGAGACACCCAACCCCAAAAUGAUGUCGGCCGUCUACGCAGAGCUGGAAAACCGCCUGCUCAGCAGCUUUGCUGGCAAGAUGGGGAGCACUGCCCGGCAAAGAGCAUCGCCUCCUGCGCCGGAGCUGCCGCACGCUACAGGCUCUCGCAAGUCGGUGAUCUCCUGGCCCAGCGACCCGGCGUCGUCCCAGCAGUGCUACUACCGCCUGCACAGCAGCGUGGCCUCCCCGAGCAGCACCGAGUCCAACCCCUACGUCAGCCUCGACAGCAGCCCGGCCCCAUCGCCCCGGCACCGCCACUACGCGCCCAGCCCUCUGUCGCGACGGAAGAAGCUCUUCACCUUCUCCAGGCCCCCGCGCAGCCGCGACACCGACCGCUUCCUGGAUGCCCUCAGCGAGCAGCUGGGGCACCGGGUCACCAUCGUGGAUGAUUUCCUCACCCCUGAGAAUGACUACGAGGAGAUGAGUUUCCACGAUGACCAGGGCAGCUACGUCACCAACGACGUCAGCAGCAGCGAGUACAUCAGCAGCAGCGACGAGGGCAGCUCCCUCACCUACUCCACGCUGUCGGACCACAUCCCCCCCCCGCCGCUCAGCCCCCCCCCUCCGCCACCCCCCUUGCAGUUCCAUGACCCCCAGGCUGUCCCCGCCAAGGCCGAGGCCACAAAGACGGUGCCAGCGCCGGCCCCCAAGUCCCUGCUGAGCCACCUGCAGCCCAUCCCGCCCCCCCCGCCGCCGCCGCCGCCCCCCCCGGUGCCCUGUGCCCCCCCGCUGCACCGCGGGCUCCUGCACCGCCGCAGCGAGUCCAACCACAUGAGCGUGAAGAGGCUGCGGUGGGAGCAGGUCGAGAACUCGGAAGGGACCAUCUGGGGGCAGCUAGGGGAGGACUCCGACUACGACAAGCUCAGCGACAUGGUCAAAUACCUCGACCUGGAGCUGCACUUCGGGACGCAGAAGCCUACGAAGCCAACUCUCAUGCCUGAGAACUUUAAAAAGAAAGACGUGGUUGAGAUUUUGUCCCACAAAAAGGCCUACAACACAUCCAUCCUCAUAGCCCACCUCAAGCUCUCGCACAUGGAGCUACGCCAGAUCCUCAUGACGAUGGAGACGGACCGGCUGGAGCCUUCCCACAUCAAGCAGCUCCUGCUGUACGCGCCCGAUGGGGAGGAAGUGCAGCGCUUCCAGAGCUACAAGGAGAACCCUGGGAAGCUGAGUGAGCCCGACCAGUUUGUGCUGCAGAUGCUGUCAGUCCCAGAGUACAAGAUCCGCCUGCGCAGCCUGCACUUUAAGACCACUCUGCAGGAGAAGACAGAGGAGAUCAAGGCGAGCUACGAGUGCAUCUGCAAGGCCUCUCUGGAGCUGAAGAGCAGCAAGAAGCUGGCCAAGAUCCUGGAGUUUGUGCUGGCGAUGGGGAACUACCUGAACAACGGGCAGCCCAGGACCAGCAAAACCACGGGCUUCAAAAUCAACUUUCUCACUGAGCUGAACACAACCAAGACCGUUGAUGGCAAAUCCACCUUCCUGCACAUCCUUGCCAAGUCACUCAGCCAACACUUCCCAGAGCUCCUGGGCUUCGCCAAGGAUCUUCCCACAGUGCCGCUCGCUGCCAAAGUGAAUCAGAGAACGCUCACAGCCGACCUAAAGGACCUGCACACCACUGUCAGUGACAUACAGAUGGCCUGUCACAACAUGCCAGCUACCGCGGAGGACAGGUUUGCUGUUGUGAUGGCCUCCUUCCUGGAGAGCGCCCAGCCUGCCAUGCGAUCCCUGGACGAUCUGCAGCACAAGGCCAUGGAGGAAUUCAGCAAGGUGCUGUCCUUCUUCGGGGAGGACUCCAAAAUGACGACUUCUGAGGCUUUCUUUGGCAUUUUUGCAGAAUUCAUGAGCAAGUUUGAGCGGGCACUCAGUGACGUGCAGGUCGGCGAGAGCCAGCGCAGCCCCCGGAUGACGUCCCCCCUGGCCUGGUGAUGGGCAGCAUCCCAUGAGCCGCAGCGUUCGUUGCCAACCAAGUGCAAUUUGCUCCCGUUGAGGCCGGUUGUACGCCCGCUGCUGCCGCCUGCUCCCACCCAGCACAACAGGGACCGAGGCUCGGGGCAGUCGGGAUGCUGAAAGGGUACCACAGGGGGUGGUGGAUGGGUGCGAGGGUGAGGCACGGGGACAUGAAGGUGAGCACCUCACUGGUCUUGACAAGAGCUUUCCUGGCGUCCUCCAUCCCCAGCUUAUUCCAGGAUUUAGACACCGCUGGGUAAACCCCCCCCAUCUCGUGUUCCCAGAGCAUGCCAUUGCUGGCCGGUGGCAAUGGGAUGCAACACAACCUUCAGAACCCUUCUGGAAGGUCACCGUGGUCCCAGAUGUGAUCCAGUCUGGUUCUGCCCAGCUGUGCUGGAGUAAGGGAAGGCCAGAGUCCGUCCUGGCCACCAGCUUUGCUUAAAGGUGUGUUAGAGACUGGUAGGUCUUGGAAUCAUCCCAAGGGUUUAGCAGCAGCACUACAGGCUUAUUGGAACUCACCAGGAGACACAAACCCCUGGGCAUUCUGGUGCCUCAGGGGCAGAGACCAGUGAGAAAUAGAUCCCUGUCCUAUAUUUGCUCCCAAGGGCUGGAAUCCCCAGAGUCCCUUUCGUGUAUGGCCGCUUGUUCGUGCUGAGUGUACCCAGGGAACUCAGAGUGUGCAGGUCCAACCUUCCAACAGUGUCUGCUUGUUGUUUAGAUGCGGUGUCCCCGGGGUGGAAGGGAAGCAGCAUCCCCUGCUCAGUGCGUGCCCCUCGGGGGGACACGGUGCCCCCAGAGCUUGCCAGCAGCCACGCUCCAGUGCAUUCACACUGGGAGGCAUCGCUCCGUGCAACCCGCAUCCAUUGCCUUUCAGACCCCACUCGCUCCCACAUCCUGCCCAGUGGAAGACAUAGCAUAGGGAACCUUCCUCCCAUCUAUUGCCAGAGCCAGAGCUCCUCCUGCAG